AUGCUUGCAAGUAUUUCUCGCGCAUCAUCAAGUUUUCGCUUUCCUCUGGUCAAAAGUUUCAACCAGGUCUCUGAGUUUGAUCAUCCAACAGAUAUCAUCACCCAUUGUCCAGGAAUUGAAACAAGAUUUCCUUUUCAUCUUUCUGCUUUCCUUUACGAGCACCCACCGAAUCCCAAAAAGGCUGUAGGAUGCCACAAUGAGUUCAGGAAGCUUCUUCACGAAGCCUGCGGUGCUCGUAUCUGGACAGUUCGUGAAAUUCUCAAAAACAUGGAAACAUCCGAACUCAGAAAAGCCCUGGUAAACUUUACACCCGUUCAUUUCUCUCUUACACCAGGAAUACCUUCAGCAGAUACUCAAACAAAGCUCAAACAAGAAUAUCUCGAUUUCUCUCUCUCAAAGCUUUCCAAAGAUCAUCUUAUUGAUCUUAUUUUCCUCCAUCCAACGCUCAUAAUCGAUGUCAACGACAAAUCAUCCACAGGUUUCCACUACGACAAGAUCCCACUUUCUCCUCUUGCUAAUACCGUUUUUACUCGCGAUCAGCAGAUCACCACGGCUAAGGGCGUUGUCAUUGGCCGCUUUGGUGCUGCCCAGCGUCGCGAUGAAAACGAUCUUAUGUCAAUUGUUUGGCCACAGAUCGGCGUCAAUCCAGUUGGCCGCAUCGAAGCUCCAGGAACCAUCGAGGGUGGUGACUUCAUUCCACUUUCAAAGGAUUGCAUGCUUUUGGGCGUUGGUUUACGUACAAAUAUGAAUGCAGCCCAGCAGCUUAUGGACAAAGACCUUUUGGGCUGCGACAGGUUUGUUGUUGUUGAAGACAAAGUCGAUUGCAACCAGCAACGUAUGCAUCUCGACACUUUCUUCAACGUUGCCUCAGAAAAACUUUGCGUUUGCGUUGACAAGAUCGCACAAGAUGAUCCACAGUACGUAAGAAUAGCUCACGAAUACGUAAAGAGAGAAGAAGGCUACGUAGAAGAGAAAACUAUGCCAUUUGGCCAAUGGCUCAAGAAGGAGAAGUUCGAAGUCGUAGAAGCAACAUUCAAACAGCAGGAGGACUACUUCAUCAACUUAUUACACUUAGGAAAAACUCCUUUGGGAAAGGAUAGAGUUUUCGCUAUCAAUCCUGAAGUCGAAAAGGCUUUGGUACAACACGGUUACGAUGGACAUGUUUACUACAUGGACUUCUCACAGAUUACAGCCAUGUACGGUGGUGCGCAUUGCGCAACUCAAGUAUUACGCUCGCAGAAGUAA